AUCAAAACAUGUCUUAUUGAUUAGCUGAUCGCUGUCGCUGUUGAUUUAAGCUGAUAGUAUAAAUAAAACAUUUGAUUUCCUACAUUCCAUAGUUUUCAAUUGUCUUUCGUUUCAGAAAAUGAAAUUUUUUGUUGCUGCAAUCCUUGCAGUCCUUAUUAUUGGACUAACAUCUGCUGUCAAUAUUAAUGAUGAUGGCCAACCAGGAUGUAAGGAGGCAAUUGAGCUGGAAGUUGUAAAUUAUAGAAAUCUUUGGGAUCCAACCAGAUAUUGGUCAUGUAAACAAAGGGGAGUAGCAGCUGUUUCUGUUCGAUGCCCAGAUGAACAUGCAUGGCUUGAUAGUCAAAAGAAAUGUGUCGAAUGGAUAGAUUGGAAUUGGGAAGAACUUGUUGCACCCCCAAGCAAACCUUAAAAAGUUUAAUUUUUUGGCUGGAAAUAAAUACAAAUCUUUAAACAAA